GUGGGGAAGUGUUGCCGGUUGUGGAAUGUGUCCUGCUGGUAAUACCGGAGUACAAUGAUGGCGGAGUGAGUGCGCAGAUCCUGAUCCCGGACACUACGACCUCAGAAACACCUCAGCGCUAUAAAGGUGUGCAGUAUGAUUGUGUGAUUGGGGCCGCUCCCCCCCCCCCCCUGCAGCAGCCAUGUUGGAGGGCCUGGUGGCCUGGGUGCUGAACACCUACCUGGGCAAAUAUGUCAACAACCUGAACACUGACCAGCUGUCCGUUGCUUUGCUGAAAGGUGCGGUGGAACUGGAAAACCUGCCAUUAAAGAAAGAUGCACUGAAGGAGCUGGAGUUACCGUUUGAAGUAAAAGCAGGUUUUAUUGGGAAGAUCAGGAUCCAGAUCCCGUUUUAUCGGCCACAUUUGGAUCCUUGGGUGAUCUCCAUCUCACAGCUUCACCUGGUCGGAUCUCCGGACGAACAAGAAGACUUUGAUGAAGUGAAAGAGAAGUUAUUGGAGGGCGCACAGAAGAGGGCGCUGCUGAGAGCGCUGGAGGAGAAGUGGAAGAGUGAACAGGAACAGAAGGGGGAGUCGUACUGGUAUUCGGUCACCGCCUCCAUUAUCACCAGGAUCGUAGACAACAUAGAGCUGAAGAUCCAGGAUGUCCAUGUGAGGUUUGAAGACGGCGUCAGCGACCCCAAACAUCCAUUUGCAUUUGGAGUUUGCAUCAAAAAUGUUUCGGUGCAAAAUGCCAGUCGUGAGCCGGUGGAGAUAUUGAUUCGUAAGAAACAACUUGAAGUGGAGGAUUUCAGUGUAUACUGGGAUGUGUCGUGCAGGUUACUGGGUGAUCUGCCCCUCGGGGAGCUGCAGGACGCCAUGGACAGAAGUAUGGAGAGUCGUGAGCAUCACUAUAUCCUGGAGCCUGUGUGCACCUCCGCACUGCUCCGGAGAAACUGCGCCAAAGAGCCUUUACGGUCCAGACAUCAGCCGCGAAUAGAGUGCGACAUCCGUCUGAGGACCAUCCCGCUGACUCUGUCACAGGGACAAUAUCAGCAAAUUAUGGAAUUUGUUGAAGAAUUUGAUAGAAAAGAACGACAGAUGAAAUACAGAAAAUGGAGACCGAAGGUUCCCGUUUUAAACAACUCUAGAGAAUGGUGGAUUUUUGCACUGAACGCAAACUUGUCUGAGAUCCAGAAGCAGAGGCAGCGUCUACGCCUGGAGUUCUUAUUGCAUCGAGCGCGGGACGCAGUGUUUUAUUGCAGUAAACAUUAUAAUCGUCUGCAGGGAUUACAGCUGUCAGCUGAACAUGAGGCUGAACUGGAACGGAUUGAGGAAGAACAAUCUUUUGAAGAAUUAAAAAUUUUGAGACAGCAAGUGCAUGACCGAUUCCGAAAGCAGCAGGAACUGGCUGAGAGUUUGCGAGAACCUUUGUCAGACCCGGCUCCAGGUUCCCCAGUGCCGAGCCCUACCGGUGGCCAGGGAGUGCUGCAGUAUCUCCAGUCCUGGUUCCCGGGCUGGGGCGGCUGGUAUGGCAAUCCCCAGGAAGCACGUGAAGAUAUAGAGCGGCUGACACAGGAGCAGCGCCAGGAGCAGAAGGCUUGGAAUCCAGAGGACUUAUUAGGGACUGAGGAGUUUUUUGAUCCUACGUCUGAUGCUGCAAAUCUGAACACAUUCACUAAGAGAGAUCACGUGUUCGCAAAACUGAACUUCCAGCUGGAGGGCGGCACCAUCACCCUGCUGCACAAGAGUAGUGCCCCCUCCCCCGAGGACGCCUUCAUGCAGCUGGAGUUCUCAGGGAUGACGGUCCGGUUGGAGUCCUUACCGCGGAGGGAUUCUUCUCUGUUACUGGUGCAGCUGGACGGAUUGUUCCUCAGAGACUUGGCCACUCAUGGGACCAUAUUUCCUGACCUGGUCUACCCUAACGCUCAGAAGGAAAUGUCGUGGUCUCAGCCGUCCGGGGUGUUCAUGGGAUCGGCAGACUUGCUCAGCCACAGUGAUGCCUCCUGUAGAGAAGAUCCUGUGUUUAAAAUGUUGUAUGAAAGAAAUCCAGUUCACAGCAUCUUUGAGAGGCGACUGGAGGUCAGCACCAGACCCCUGAACAUCAUCUAUAACCCUCAGGCAAUCACCAAAGUGGCCGAUUUUUUCUACCAAGGAAAAGUUCACAGUUCAGGGUUCGGGUAUCAGUCGGAGCUGGAGCUGCGGGUGGCGGAAGCUGCUAGAAGACAAUACAAUAAGCUAAAAAUGCAAACGAAAGCCGAAAUCCGUCAGACGAUCGAUCGCCUCCUGGUCGGGGAGUUUAUUGAGAGCAGCCGGCGCUGGACCAUCCGUCUGGACAUCUGCGCCCCUCAGGUCGUCUUUCCUGAUGAUUUCCUCAGCCGGGAUCCGGUUCUAGUUGUUUUGGACCUCGGAAGAAUCUUACUCACCAAUUCUCAAGAUCAUAGCAAGCGCAAACUUUUAGAUCACUUUUCUGCGGACACAAAGGACCUAAGUGAUGAUGAGUAUAAGACCCCUUUAGCGACCCCUCCCAGCAGCCCCCCGCCAGAGGCAGACGUCACCUCCAGGGUGAACGCGUCUAGUGAGCUGAGUGAGGAGCAGCUGGAGGCCUAUCUACUGAGCAACAAAAUGUAUGAGAAAUAUACUGUGUCCUUCAAGGACCUGCAGAUCAUGGUCGGACAUGUAAAGGACAACUGGAAACACAUUCAGGACAAUGAGGUGGGCCCGACCCACGUGGUGGAAAAGUUCAGUGUCCAUUUACAGCUUGAGCGCAGGCUGAUCUACACCUCCGACCCUCAGUAUCCUGGGGCCGUGCUUUCCGGUACUUUGCCAGAUCUAAAAAUCCAUAUAAAUGAGGACAAGAUAUUUGCUUUAAGGAAAUGCCUUACCAACUUAUCGAAUUGUGAGAACAGAGCGGCAGACAAUAUGCUCCUGAGGAAGGAGAAGAUAUUUCUGGAGAAUAAUGGGCGGAUGCAGGACUCUGUCAUGAACCUGACCCAGAGCAUCGUCACCCUGGAGCAGCACACCAGAGAGGUUCUUGUGGAGUCCAAGCUGCUUCUAGCCGAGUUCAGAAUCAAUUACAUGCAGCUGGGGGUAGAGAGCUGCGGCCGCUAUAUAUCUCUUCUUAAAGUCUUUGGUACUAACGCACAUUUUGUGAAGAGACCCUAUGAUGCGGAGGUUUCCUUGACCGUACACGGGCUUCUUAUGGUGGACACCAUGCAGAUGUACGGAUCAGACUUUGAUCUUCUGAUGGCUUCUCACAAAAACUUGUGUUUAGAUGCGCCAACCGGAAGCCUGCGCGAUAGCCGGGCCCAGUCUCCUGUGUCCGAUGCCAAUGACCUCUCACCAUCUAGUCCAGGCCUAGGUCAAAAGAAAUGCAACUCCAUAGAAAACAUCAACCCAAAAGACCAAGAAUCUCUCAUAAAGAUGGAAUACCAGUUUGUGAGCUCGGAGUGUCCGUCAAUGAAUUUAGACAGCUCCUUACAAGUCAUGUCCGCACAGGUGAACAAUCUGGACAUCAUCCUGAACCCUGAGACAAUUGUAGAACUCAUUGGCUUCCUUCAAAAGUCUUUCCCCCUGGAUAGUGAUGACGUAAGCCCGCAACCUUUAAAGGUUGACUUUGAGACCAGCUAUAGCAAGCAGGAGACUUACCAGUCAACGUAUGAGCAGAACACACAACUGGCCAUUGACAUCAACAGGUUAAACAUUCUCCUCUUCAGGACGGUUUACAUGCGCGAUGGUAAUAGCAGCGGGCGAAAAAUUGCAACAGCCAGCAUAGGUGGAACUAAAGUCAACGUAUCUUUAGGAAGCCAAUUUUCUGUCAAUGGUUCCCUGGGUUGCCUCCAGCUAAUGGACCUAGCACAGGAAUCUUCUAAAAACCAAUAUGUCAUCAGUAUAGGUAACAGCGCAGCCUACGAGAAUCAAGAUGGCGAUGGCUUUGAAGGCUUUUAUGUCAGGAGAGACAUGGAGGCAUUAAGCUUUACAUUUAUUGAGCAGACCAAAGAUGAAUUUUCCCUCAACCUUAAAAUGGCCUCCUUGCACUACAACCAUUCAGCCAAGUUCCUGAAGGAGCUGACCUUAUCUAUGGAUGAGCUAGAAGAUAAUUUCCGUAACAUGCUGAAGACCGCCGCCUCCAAAGUGUCUUCUGUCCUCGCUACCAAAACAGCAGAGUAUAGCGAGAUGGUCUCCUUGUUUGAAACCCCCCGUAAGCAUCGGGACUCCUCCCAUUACGAGACAGAUGAAUACGACGGCUUCUGUCCUGUGAAAGUUCAGAUGGACACAGUGAAACUUAUCCUAAAUAUUAAGAUUGAUUCUCCGGUGGUGUCAGUCCCGCGCAGCCCUGGCAGUCCGGAGCUUCUGGUCGGCCAUUUAGGGCAAAUAUUUAUUCAGAAUUUUGUAUCUGAUGAGGAGCAGUCGAGAAGCGACAGGUUACACGUGGAGAUCAAAGACAUUAAACUCUACUCAUUGAACACCAGGGGGCACGCUGGACACCCGGAAUCCCAGUCCUCAGAGCAAGCGUCUUCACGCCCGCCCUCCGGCUCCGCCAGCAGUCAGGAGGAAGCACAUUUUACCCGGAGUGAUUUCUUUGAGUCGCUGCAAAAGAAUCAAGCCUUUCAUAUUCUACACAAUACAACAAUACAGUUUAAAAUGGAAAAGUUCAAUAUAGAGCGUGACAGCGAAUUGUCGUUUCCGUAUUCUGAAGAUCCCGUCGAGGUGAACAGCAUCCUGAAGAUUGAGGGAAAUCUGCUGAAUAAUGUCCAGGUGGUUCUGGCCAAACACGUAUAUGAGCAGGUCCUGCAGACGCUCGAUAACCUGGUGUACAGUGAGGACGUGAACCGGAUGCCCCACACCUCUGCCGCUCCAUCCAGCCCGGUGUCUCCAGAGAAGCUUCCCUGCCAAGGGGCCGAUGUCUCCGGUGACCAGAGGGACAGCUUUAGGGCCAUGUCUAGUAAAUCUGUUUCCACUCAUGAGCAGGCGCCAUUUACUCAGGUCCAAGCCAAUUUCCGUAUCUCGGAGCUGCAGAUUCAGCUCAGCGGGGAUCUCACACUCGGAGCCCAGGGUUUAGUGAGUUUAAAGUUUCAAGACUUUGACAUUGAGUUUAAUAAAGAUCACCCGCACACGCUGGCCAUACAGAUCGCACUGCGCUCGCUCCUUAUGGAGGAUCUGCUCGAGAAGAACCCCGAUUCAAAGUGCAAGAACCUGAUGGUGUCCAGAGGAGCUCCGAAAGCCUCCAGCCUGGCCCAUAAGGAAUACCUGUCCCACUCCUGUCCAUCGGUGUCUCAUGUGGAGUAUCCAGACAUGCCGCGCUCUUUACCUUCUCACAUGGAGGAAGCGUCAAACGUCUUCCAGUUAUAUCAGAGGCCGACAUGUGAGUCCCGCAAGAAACCCAGCCGAGAACUAGAUUCUGAGUAUCCAUUGACUCCACCGCCUUCCCCUACAUCCGAGAGGUCCCAGACCUCGUACAUGAAGGACGGCUUUGACGAGUCCUUGGUCCAUAUAAACGUCUUCCUGGUAGACAGAAAACAUCCGGAAUUUGCCUCUAAGUACAAGCGCAUCAAUCGGGGGGUGAAUGUGGAUUUUAACUGCCUGGACGUGCUGGUCACACUGCAGACCUGGGUGGUCAUCUUGGACUUUUUCGGCAUUGGAUCGACAGCUGACAACCAUGGUUUAAAGGGCGAAACUGCAGAUAUGAGACAAUCCAUGAGGUCCGAGGCGACCGGCAGCCCCGCCGUCCAGGAGAUAACCAACACCAAGAUGGAUCUGAAGGUUCACGCUCUUUCCUUGGUCCUGAAGAAGAUGUCUAGUGAACUGGCUAAAGCGAGUGUAUCCAAGCUGGCCGCCCAUCUGGAGAACAUCGAGGGAGAUUUAGCCUUACAGGGGAGCAUCGGCAGCCUGUCCCUUAGUGACCUGACUGUACACGGCGAGCUGUACGCCGAGCGCUUCACCACCAGAGGAGAGGAGGCGCUCAUCUUCCACGUCUUCAAAUACGGCUCGUCCGAUCCCACCCUAAGCAGGGAGUACGACAUGCGCGUCAGCCUGCGGAUGGCUUCGGUGCAGUAUGUGCACACACAGCGCUUCCAGUCUGAGGUCGUCUCCUUCAUCCAGCACUUCACACAAUUACAAGACGUCCUGGGCCGACAGAGAGCAGCCAUUAGGGGUCAAAGUGUCAGAGACCAGGCGCAGCGGGCCUCCCGUAUCCUCCUGGACAUUGAGGCUGGGGCUCCGGUUCUUCUCAUACCUGAAAGUUCCCAAUCUAAGAACCUGAUUGUCGCCAACCUGGGAAAACUCAAAGUGAAGAACCGAUUCCUGUUCUCAGGGGCCCCAGGGACGUUCUGUCUAAAAGAUAAGAGUUUGGGUAAAUCCUCAUCACCUAUUGUGACUCCAGAACACAAACAUCAUUCUAGAGAGAGCGAGGAGAGGCGGAGCGAGGAGAGGCGGAGCGAGGAGAGGCGGAGCGAGGAGAGGCGGAGCGAGGAGAGGCGGAGCGAGGAGAGGCGGAGCGAGGAGAGGCGGAGCGAGGAGAGGCGGAGCGUGCACCAUGAGUGUGCGGACGGGCUCGGCAUGGCUUCACAGUCUAAGAAGGAAACACAAACCUCCGAGGACGGUCCUGGUGAUCCCGAGGAGCACAUCUGCCUCUUGGACUGCAUCGUGGUGGAUCUUCAGGACAUGGACAUCUUUUCUGCAGAGAGGUGUCCCCGAGACGUGGCUGAAGGUCAGGAGAAGUCGUGGUCGGACCUCUUGUUCUCGUCUUACCUUGUCAGACAGACAGGGGGCAGUCUCCUCACAGAACCCUGCCGACUGAAGCUUCAGCUGGAGAGGAACCUGGAUAGGGAGAUCAGCCAUAGUGUCCCGGACAUGUCGGUUCAUGGCAGCCUGUCCUCCGUACACUGCUCCCUGGACCUCCCCAAAUAUCAACUCAUCCGAGGACUCCUGGAGAAGAACCUAGGAGAACCCAUCGAGGACUUCAUGAGGCCGUACGACCUGCAGGACCCCCGCAUCCACACGGUCCUGAGUGGAGAGGUCUACACCGGCGUCUCCUUCCUCAUUGAUAUGGUGAACGUCAGCCUAGAACUUCUGGAAGAUGAAGGAAGCGGUGGAGCGAGCCAUUCUCUAGCUCGGUUUGACUUUAAGAAAUCUAAGCUGCUAUUUGAGAGCUUCUCCAACCAGACGAGGUCGGUGAACCUGGUGUCUCACUCUAUGAUGGCGUUUGACACCCGAUACUGCGGACACAAGAAGCCGCCGACCGCCCAGAAGCCAAAUGUCUUCAACUGCAUCUUACAGCCGUCCAAGAGCAACAGCAACCUGGGCUCCUUACAGAUAGAACUGCAUCACCGGUCCACAAAAGACGCCUCCUGUUUCACCGUCGUCCUGAACAAUCUCAGAGUUUUCUUAAUAUUUGACUGGUUACUGCUCGUGCACAAAUUUCUUCAGACGCCGAGUGAUACCAAGAACGCCACCUCAGACCGCCGGCCUCCUCAAGAGAGAAGGAGCAGCUCUGUGACCGCACUGCCCAAAACGGUAAAGACCGGGGUGGUGACCAAGAGGUCAUCUGUACAGGUGAUCCCUGAGAAACAGCUGGAAGUGAAGGUCAAUGUGACUGCGGGCAGUUGA